GAAGUCUUAGUAAUGGGGUCCCGUUUUACCCUUUGGGUACGGAACCCUAAAAAAGAACGCUGUAUUAAAAGUUUGAAAUAACAUAGUGUUACGUGAAAAAAUAACACAAAUUAAGUGAAACAUGGAAUUCAAAAUGAAACCCCAACCUGAAGAGAGGAAAGGUCACACAUAUGUGCAAUGGAUUGUAGCAAUAAUCGCAAACUCCUCGCUUUUAACCUACGGCUUGCAAGCUGGAUGGAUCUCGCCUAUGACAAAAGUGCUGCAGUCUAAUUCCUCACCAGCUGGUCCGCUAUCUGACUAUACUAUGAGUAUAGUGGCCAGUCUCAUGCCCAUUAGUGCCCUGAUAGGGGUACCGAUAUACGCCUACGUAGCUGAUAAGUAUGGUAGGAAAACGGGGAUAAUGUUUGUUACAGUUCCACACGCGAUAUCCUGGUUGCUCAAACUAUGCUGUCCAACCCCUAUCACACUUAUCAUAGCAAGGGUAUGCAGCGGUAUAGCGGCUGGAGGUUGCUUCAACGUCAUCCCCAUGUACACCAAAGAAAUAAGCCAGGACAACAUAAGAGGCCUAUUAGGCUCUCUCUUGAUAUACUUCCAUAACCUGGGGAUAUUCCUCAUGUACGUCUUGGGAGCGUAUUUAGACUACUAUACUGUUUUGUACAUAGUGGUUGGAGGUCCGUUCCUAUCGUGUUUACUGAUAAUGAUGUGCCCUGAAUCUCCUGGGUUCCUAGUGAAGAUCGGGAAGUUUGACGAAGCAGUGAAAGUGAUAUCCAGCCUGAGAGGCCUCAACCUUAACGACAGUUCCGUCCAGAAGGAAUUGGACUUAAUGCGGAAAGAAGAGGAAUAUUACAAGACAUUACCGUCUAUGUCUAUGAUGGUCAUUAUGAAGAACCGCGCCUGGCGCAAGGGCUACAUCAUCGCGACACUCAUGGUAUUAGCGCAGACGUUCAGCGGCAACUUCGCAGUGGUGACGUACGGAUCCACAAUCCUCGGAGCCGCGGGGGUGACAUUGGACGCUGAGCUGCUUUCCAUCAGUUUCCCUACCAUCAUGAUGGUCGGGUCCACCGCGUCUAUCAUAAUUAUGGAGAGAAUUGGCAGACGGGUGAUCCUUGGGUCCUCGUUCACCGUAGCCGUGUGCACACAAGUCUGCCUGGCGACGGUGUUGCUGCUACAGCACUUAGGCUUCAGCGCGCCGGCGUGGGUACCGCUGCUGGCUAUCGUUGCUCAGAUGUUCGUGUACGCAUUCGGCGUUUUACCCGUGCCAUAUAUCUUUAUGACGGAGAUAUUUAAUAUUCAGAUCAGGGGAAAGCUCAUAAGUAUCAUCACGGCCCAAUCCUGGGUGAUGACUUUCAUCCAGCUAGCAGUAUUCGCCCCGCUCACGAACGCCUGUGGCAUGUACACUACAUUCUACAUCUUCGCUGCUGUCAACCUCUUCGGUGCUGCUUUAGUCCUGGUAUCGAUGCCAGAAACGAGAGGCAAAAGUGGGGAGGAAAUAGAACAAAUAUUAAAUAAAUAGUUUGUUAUUUUGUACAGAA